CCCUAUCACUCUGUCCCUAUCCCAGUCACAGCAGACAUGGCAUCUCAGAGAGUGGUUCUCCUGACAGCUUUGCUCUUGGUAUCUCUCCCAGGAUGUCUCCUUGAAAAGAAUGUCUAUCUCUCUCUUGGUUCUCUCUUUGUACACAAGUUGGAUACAGAUUAUUUCCAGCAACAAUUUCCAUCUAUUCAAAAUAAUUAUGAUGAUGCCCGCACUGAUCCAAUAACCUUUCGUGCAAACUUGGAGGGAUUCCCAGACUUGCCGCGAUGGCUGCGUUACACUCAACGUUCUCCAAAACACCAUGCCUACCUCUAUGGAUCUCCUACUGAGCCUGGGAAGCAAGUGAUUGAGGUAACAGCUUAUAACAGACAAACAUUUGAGACUGUAAGGGAGAGAAUUAUUUUCAAUAUCCAAUCUUCAACAGAUAUUCAGAUCCCAUACAAAGCAGAAUUCUUGAUCCUAAACUGGGAUGUAGAGGAGAUGCUACCACCAGAGGCACAACUUGAUUUUCAGGGUCCUCUCCGAGAUGUAUGGGGACUUCAGCGACUGACAGUCAUUAAUAUAACAUCAGCCCUUGAUAAGGGGGGUAGAGUUCCACUCCCAAUACCAGGAAUGAAAGAGGGAGUUUAUAUCAAACUCGGCUCAGAACUGCCCUUCCCAGACUGUUUGCUUGAGUCCAAGAGACCCCAGAAUCUGCAGCUUUGCCAGGAAGGAAGGGAGCCUCUCAUAUCAUGCAGUACCCGCUUGCCCGAGAAGUUCCACAUUGACUGGUGCAAUCUGACCAUGGAUUUAGGAUCUCCUACUUCACAGCCCCCAGAGGUGGGUGCUUAUGAACUGGAGGGAGGCGGUGAGUUUAUGCCCCCAUCAGAUAGUCUGGAAGAAAGAAAUUACAUUGCUGACUACCUACUUACUCUGCUGCUUCCGACACUAAUUGCCCUGCUGCUCUGUGCAGUGUUGUCCUACAUCAUGUGCUGCCGCAGAGAGGGGGUGGAGAAGCGAGAUGCAGAGACUUCAGACAUUCAGCUUAUUCACCAACACACAAUCAUGACCAACACAGAGGAGCUGAGGCAUAUGGCUGCCACUCGUGAUGUUCCGCGCCCUCUGUCAACUCUGCCCAUGUUUAAUGUCCGGACAGGACAGAGAGUUCCUCCCAUACAACCACAUCAGGACAGCGCUCGUGUCCCACUUAUUCUGUCACAGCAGUAAGAAGAUAUUUAGAAGUUAGUGAGGCAAGAACAGAAUUAUGGUACAUCACCUUGUUUCUUUCUAUAUAUGGUGUGGCUUGUGUAUAAAGUAUAUCUUGUGUGCAAAAGA